UUUAGAAUUUUUUUUAUUUCAUUUUAUUUAUUAAAUUUUUUUUUAUUUAGUGGCGGGAACGGGCUUCCAUACAUUGCCCUGUCGUGUUCAAGCAUUCUGUCCCAGAAAAGUUCGAGCUGCCGAAAUUUAAUAAUCACCCUGUUUUUCGCGUAUUAAUCAUACAGGAUUAAGCUUAGUUUUUAAAAUGCACUUGUAAAAGGCAAAUAUUACCUUGAACUUUAUUUAUAUUGUUUACCUAUACUAUCGGGUAUAAUAGCUAUAUAUAGAAAUCGAUAAGGUGACUGUACUGCACACUUUUGCAUUUACACAAGUCUAAAUGCUUGUUUAAAUAAAUCUUAAUUACUUAACAAUCAACCUUACAUAAGUUGUAAAGCCUGUAUUUUGUUUCAUGAUGUUCUUUUACUGACCAAUAUCUACUUUACACGUGGUUGAUAUUUGCAAGUAGUUAAAAAUUAAUUCUGACAUAAACAUUUCUUACAUUCUUUUACAGAUAUUGCACUCAGUAUUCAAGCUAAUGCAAGAUGUGCACCCCAGCAAAGCUGCGAUUAGUUUUUGGAGAGAAUGAUGUUCGCAAAUUGGUUCUGCCCUCAGGCAUCCCCAGUACUCUCCAGGAGCUCAAAAGUAUAAUCCAAGAAACAUUCAGUAUUCCAGAAUGCUUUACUUUGAUGUAUGAAGACAUGGAAUUUGGGGGACAGUUUUUCAAUUUGGACUCAGUAGAUGAUGUGCAGGAUAAAUGUACUCUAAAAGUAGUACAAACUGAACCCAUCACCCUAAAUAUGGUUGCUAUGAAUAGAUCAACUCUACCAACAGAGUCUGAUGCCAGGUCAUGCAGUUCUCAGGACACUGUUGGGCUGACUCCUGUAAGUGACACUUACCUUUCUUCUGACUCCACAUCCAGCGGAUCUCAGGACACUGUUCUUUUAUCGUCCUCUGAGACUACCACAUCAUGCCGUUCUCAAGGAUGGCAAACAAAGUUUAUAGUACCUACUUUCUCCUUUGAUACUGAGCUCUUGCUUUCAGAUGGAAACAAAGCCUACCAAAAGGACGGCACUCUCUUGAACAAUCAUAGAGUGACAAGUAGUGUCCUUGAGACGCUAGCAGAGACAAUAUUUUGUUACACUGCAUAUCCAACAGGUGUCCAAAUUAUGAAUGUAGUGGAGAUGUUGAUUGAAAAGUAUCCAUGCCUCAAAGAGCCAGGGUCCUUUAAUGGACAAUAUGGGUGGCAACAAAGGAUUAAAUAUAAAAUGGGAAAUUAUCGAGCCAAAUUAAGAGGUAGCCAGCUUUCUUGCCCAGAGCUUGAGGUGAACCAGAAAAGGAAGACAAAUGAAAACCCUACUCCAAAAGGCUUCAAAAGACCUAGGAAGGCUGAAGUAAAUUACUUGCCACCAUUUCCAUUUGGGGAAACAGGAGAAAGUUUGGAGAAGGAGAGACUAGAUCUCCUUAAUGAAAUUAGGAAGAAAAACAACAAAAACAUCAUUGGCGAGAAAAUGGAGAAGACUUUCUCCUAUCGAAGAACAGAAGUAGUUAAGGACUGCCCUGCUGUUAAAGAUUUCCUGGAGAGAUGGCCAGCCCUUUUCUGUGAAUCUGAGAUCAAGAAUGAAUUUAGAAGAAUCACCACAAUUUCCUUGGAGCGUACAUUCUUGGAAAAGCUGGACUUCUAUACUCCAAAACUCCUGGCUUUGUUUGAGAUGAAGGGUGGGGUUGCUGGCAUAAGAAUUAGACAUUUGCUGGAUUCACUCAGCCAGCAAGAAGAUAGGCUUGAAGAUAGGCGAGACGUUGUGAUUCGCUGCCUCCUGUCUUUCCUUGGAGAAUCAGCUGAGGAGCUCAUUGAAGACCACCAGGAUGUCAGCAGAGACAUGAUUAAGGAUACCUUCGCCAGUCAUGUCAUGAAAAUCAUCGUCCUGAGCAGAUCUGUAGAAGAGGAAGAUGCCAGUAGAUCUGAUGUCAUCAUUGUCAUCGAGGGAACUGAGGUGCUGCUGGGAUGUAAAAAUCUCACAAAUGCAUGUCUUUCACUCAUGGGCUGCAUUUACUCCCUAAACCUAAGCUAUCCCCCAAAGCUGAGAAACACAUUUGAAGUGUUUCAGAAAAUCUUUCUUGGCCUAGAUGCUUUAAAAUUCUCUCCAAAGGUUAACUCUUUGCAUAGAAAGCUUCUAAUGUAAUCUGCUAGUUGAGCACUACUUGCACUUAUUUACACUACUUAUGCUGUUUUACUGUUUUUUUUUUGUUUUUUUUUGCAUGAAAGGUUGUUCAGAAAACAACUACAACUUCAACUACAGUACUGUUUAACAUAACCAUUCUUCUGGAGACUAUAAAUGCAGAGUUUUAUUUUUUUAUUUUUUGAUGUUUUUGUUCCCUUAGUUUAAUCUUAUUGAAAUUAAAGUUACCUAAUGAAAGGCAGCUACUAGUUUGACAUUAUUUGCACUUUCACACUUUUGUAUUUGAUAUCUGCAACUGAGAUUUUUGUAAAAUGUUUGUUAUAUUUAAAAAGGUAUAUUUUAUGUUUAUAUGUUUAAAUGUUUAUGCAUUUUAAUGCAUGUGUGAUAUUCUAAAAAAGUUUCCUGGAGUAAAAUGCACUAUAGUGCAUCUGAUGCUCUCAUCUGUUAAGGAAUCUCAUAGAAAUAAAAGUAUUCAAGUAAAAUGUAUGUCUGUUAUUUUGUUGACCACCAUUUAAAUACAUCAACAACAUCAAAUAAUAUUUAAAGUAAAGGUUACUCAAAAUU